CGUUUACAGUUUCUUCGGUACAGCUAAAGUGAAACACACGGAAAGCUACGGAGCACACGAAGUAACGUUAGCUCCACUUAGAAGGUCGUUUGAAAACAGGUUUGGUGUUUUAUGUAAAUAUUUCCGUGUUUGCAAUAAAAAUGUCUUCAGUUCAGCCUCAAGAGAGAGUUUAUAAACGAGCAGGUAACUCCUGCUGAAGAAACAUUCACAGAGUUGAAAGAAAUCAACGUCAAGAUUGAGGAAGAGAUGGAGGAUCAGACAGAAAUCAACGUGAAGUCCGAGGAAGAGAUGGAUGACCAGACAAAAAUCAACGUUAAGAUCGAGGAAGAGAUGGAUGAACAGACAGAAAUCAACGUUAAGAUCGAGGAAGAGAUGGACGAUCAGCGCAGACUGAUGGAUUUCAGCCCAAUACCGAAGAUCAUCUUACUCCAGAAAGAUCUCCCACAACAUUGUGUGUAUACAGAGGAGGAGGUUCUCAGUGAAACAGAACCACAGAGGAACCAACUCAUCUCUCAUGGCUCUCCAGAAGCUGAGAACCAGGAUCAGGAAGGAAGCAAUUCUGAAGAUCCAGGAAAAAAGAGAAAGAAAGAACAGAAACAAAAGGAGAAAUAUGAGAAAACCAAACAGCAGAAAGGCAGAACUGACACUGAGAAACAACAAAAGCACAAGAAAGAUAACCCAAGCCAAAAAUUAUAUUCUUGUAAAAUUUGUGAUAAAACCUUUUUUCGAAACAAAUACUUGACGUGUCACAUGAUAACUCACACAGGAGUAAAACCUUUCACAUGUUCAAACUGUGGAAAAAGUUACAGAAAAAAGGGUUAUUUAAUUUAUCACAUGAGAAUUCACACAGGAGAGAAGCCUUUCUCUUGUGGGACCUGUGGGAAGAGUUACAGUCAAAAAGGGACUUUAACUCAUCACAUGAGAAUUCACACAUGUGAGAAGCCUUUCUCUUGCGAGACCUGUGGAAAGAGUUGCAGUGAAAGAGGAACUUUGACUCAGCACAUGAGAAUUCACACUGGUGAGAAGCCUUUCUCUUGUGGGACCUGUGGAAAGAGUUUCUCUCGAAAAGACAAUCUAAACGUUCAUAUGAAAGUUCAUACAGGUGAGAAGCCUUUCUCCUGCGAGACCUGUGGAAAGAGUUACAGUGAAAGAGGGACUUUAACUCAGCACAUGAGAAUUCACACAGGUGAGAAGCCUUUCUCUUGUGGGACUUGUGGAAAGAGUUACAGUGAAAGAAAGACUUUAACUCAGCACAUGAGAAUUCACACAGGUGAGAAGCCUUUCUCUUGUGGGACUUGUGGAAAACAUUUCUGGAGGAAAUCAAAAUUACUUGAUCACAUGAGGAUUCACACAGGUGAGAAGCCUUUCUUAUGUGGGACCUGUGGAAAGAGUUACAAUACCAGAAGCAGUUUAGCUCGUCACAUGAGGACUCACUCAGACUAGAAGCUUUAGAACAAAACACCUCAGAUCCAUUUUUGCAUUUGCUCCAAUGGAAAAUCUGUUCGGAUAACGUAAACAGCAAGAAAAUGUUAAAGUCAACAGAUUGUUGCAGGCUGCUAGUGAUUCACUGUGUCUUUCAGUGUAUGUUCAAGAUAAAGCUGAGGUCUACUUUUGCCUACCAGCUUGUUUUCCUUAAUCCAAUUUUUUCUUUUACUUUUCAGUCGUAUUUGUGCUUCGGAUUUCCAUCAGUAUCCCAUUAGAUACUGAAGUUAAAGAGGGCCACACAUUCAGCAGGGUUCAUUUCUGAGGGUUUCAAUUUUCAUAGAGUUCUGUCCCUUGUAGAAUAAUUGAGUUUAGCUUUUACAUUUUUUCCAUGUAUGACUGAAUGUUAAAUACUUUACAUAUGAAAGCAGUGAAAUGUUCUUGUUUUUCCAUAAAUGGAACUCUAUGAUGAUUGUUUGAAAAAAAAAAAUCUCAAAAAUAAAAUUGAUCUGGUCAUAAUUUGAUUCAGUGCUAACCACAGAGAGGUUUUUAUUUUCCCAAUUUUUUGUCAUUGUUAUAAUUUGCUAUGAGAAGCAAAGUAUAUUAUUGAAAAUGUAUGUUAAACUAUACGCCAGUAUUCUGAGCAGAAUAUGCUUUUUAAUAAUGUUGAUUAGAAUAAAUAUUAAUGGAUUAUUCAGUGA